AUGGGAUCAAUAGCUGCAGCCACACCCCUCGAUCGGGCUGGUGAAGUCAAAGAUCUUCUCGACGCAAUUCAAGACUUGAUCAUACCCUUCAUACGCUCCGCAGACGAGGAUGCAGCUACGAAGCAUACUGGUCAUGGUCUCAGGAUUGAAGGUGACGGCCCCAGAACUGUGCUCGUCGAGCACCACCCCCCGAAAAAACUCGAGUCGAUUCUCAGUGAAGAGCUGGAGAUCAACGAAAGCAAGGUCGGAAAAGAUGGAUUGAUCAAGCUGGUGAGCUCUGUGUUGAAGUACAGCGUCAACACUUGGGACCAGGGGUUUCUCGACAAACUGUAUGCGAGUACGAAUGCGGUGGGCGUCGUCAGUGAGCUGCUACUGGCAGUGCUCAACACUAAUGCCCACGUCUACUCCGUCUCGCCUGUGCUGACUCUGGUGGAAAAACGAACAACCAAGUACCUGGCCUCCCUAUUCGGUCUCCCAGAUGAGACAUCAGGAGGAAUCUCCCAACCAGGUGGCAGUGCCGCCAACGCCUCUGCCAUUGCCAUAGCCAGAAACACACUGUACCCAGAGACAAAGGCCGAUGGCAAUGGAAGCCACAAGUUCACCCUCUUCACCUCUGCCCACGGCCACUACUCGGUCGAGAAAGCCGCAAACCUCUUUGGCCUGGGCUCCAGAAACGUCAUCGCCGUCCCUGUCGACGACCGCGGCUGCAUGAUCCCCGCUGAGCUCGAACGCUGCAUCAACGAGUCCAAGGCUCGGGGCGAAACACCCUUGUUCCUCAACGCCACAGCCGGCACGACCGUCCAAGGAUCCUUUGACCCCUUCCCCGCGCUCUCGACAAUCUGCAAAACACACAACCUCUGGUUCCACAUCGACGGCUCCUGGGGCGGCAGCGUAGUCUUCAACCCAGCCUACGCAUCCUCGCGCCUUGCAGGCGCCCACCUCGCAGACAGCAUCACCAUCAACCCGCACAAGAUGCUCGGUGCCCCCAUCACCACCAGCUUUCUCCUCGGCCGCGACAUGAACACCUUCUACCGCGCACUCACCCUCCCCGCAGGCUACCUCUUCCACAACGCCCCAGGCACACACGCAGUCGACAUUUACGAUCUCGCAGACCUCACUCCGCAAUGCGGCCGCCGCGCAGAUAGCCUCAAGUUUUUCCUCGCCCUGCAGUACUACGGCCCCUCGCACUUUGCCUCUCUCGUCGCAAACGCCUACGCAAACGCAGAGUACCUGCUGAACCUUCUCAAGCAGAGCGGAAACUUUCGCACGAUUAGCCCGGAGCCGCUGCCGUGCUUGCAGGUCUGCUUCUACUAUGCGAGGGGCGGCCAGCGCAGUCGUGAUGCUGAACGCAAUAGUCGCGCUACGACGCAGAUUGCGCAGAGGCUUGUCAGCAAGGGCUUUAUGGUUGAUUUUGCGCCUGGCGACGACGGCAAGUUCUUCCGCGUCGUGGUGAAUGGAGGUGUGCUGAGGGGCACGCUGGAUGGCCUGGUCAAGGCGAUUGAGGAGAUUGCGGACGAGUUGGGGUGUUAGAUAUGUUUAGUAUCGUGGAGAAUACCGGAAAGAAGAGUAAUGGAGAGUUGAAGUGGGUAUUUCGAAAGGAUUAAACACAUCGUUUUCUGAAAAGGCAGAAUGAAAUAUUCACUUGGACAGGUACAUACUGC